AGAGAUACAGGGCUGUGUGUUUCAGGAUGCUGGAAUGAGAGAUACAGGGCUGUGUGUUUCAGGAUGCUGGAAUGAGAGAUACAGGGCUGUGUGUUUCAGGAUGCUGGAAUGAGAGAUACAGGGCUGCGUGUUUCAGGAUGCUGGAAUGAGAGAUACAGGGCUGCGUGUUUCAGGAUGCUGGAAUGAGAGAUACAGGGCUGUGUGUUUCAGGAUGCUGGAAUGAGAGAUACAGGGCUGCGUGUUUCAGGAUGCUGGAAUGAGAGAUACAGGGCUGCGUGUUUCAGGAUGCUGGAAUGAGAGAUACAGGGCUGCGUGUUUCAGGAUGCUGGAAUGAGAGAUACAGGGCUGCGUGUUUCAGGAUGCUGGAAUGAGAGAUACAGGGCUGUGUGUUUCAGGAUGCUGGAAUGAGAGAUACAGGGCUGUGUGUUUCAGGAUGCUGGAGUGAGAGAUACAGGGCUGUGUGUUUCAGGAUGCUGGAAUGAGAGAUACAGGGCUGUGUGUUUCAGGAUGCUGGAAUGAGAGAUACAGGGCUGUGUGUUUCAGGAUGCUGGAAUGAGAGAUACAGGGCUGUGUGUUUCAGGAUGCUGGAAUGAGAGAUACAGGGCUGUGUGUUUCAGGAUGCUGUAAUGAGAGAUACAGGGCUGUGUGUUUCAGGAUGCUGGAGUGAGAGAUACAGGGCUGUGUGUUUCAGGAUGCUGGAGUGAGAGAUACAGGGCUGUGUGUUUCAGGAUGCUGGAAUGAGAGAUACAGGGCUGUGUGUUUCAGGAUGCUGUAAUGGGGCUCCUAUCCCAGCCUGCUUCCUGCCCUCCUCCCCACUCCUCUGCUGGGAUUGGCUGCCUGCUGACUGCUGAGUGACUUAUCAGCCUCUUAUCAGGGUGCAGCUGAUCGGACGGACGUACCUGCUGUAGCUUUGUCUCCAGUCAGCAGCAUAGUGGCAGCUCUGUACCGGGACAGACAGGGAGAGAGAGGACGGUUCUGCUGAGCUCGGGAUGGAGAGUUUGAGGGUACGAGAGACCCCCUCUUGCAGUGGGCAGCAGCAGCAGCAGUGUGGGGCUGAGGCAGUGCUUUCUGAAGUACCUGGACCAGGUGCUGCGCAGAGUCACAGUCACAUGUCUGUGAGCAGCGGCCAGUCCCACUCUGCUCAGGAGGGCAGUGCUGUGAUCGAGGAAGGCAUUGACAGCCCCUUGCUGUCCGCUGAUAACACGGCAGCCGGCUCUGUUGCUUUCGACCUGGGUCCUGAUGGAAGUGGGGGCGGCUGCCCUCCUGAGCUGCUGCCCUCCAGCUGCCUUGCCAUCCCCAUGCCAGCGGGAUCUUCGGAGGAGCAGGACGAGUGCCCGAUCUGCACGGAGCCGUACGAGGGUGCCGACCACAAGAGGGUGCUUCUGAACUGCAGCCACGCGGUGUGCAGCUGCUGCCUGGAUGCCUUGCAGGAGAGCCGCGGCAGAGCCGACGUCGGCCGGGUGAGUUGCCCGCUGUGCCGCCAGAACACGCCCAUGCUGGAGUGGGAGAUCCGGAGGAUGCAGGAGGAGAUGGUGUCGCAGUUCAGCUGCUCUGCGCACGCUUCCUCGCAGCAGAGCCCCCUGCUCCCUCUGCCAGCCCCUCCCUUCCCCGGGGCCCCCCUGGAGACGCAGCUCCAGAGCAUGUGCUUGUCCAGCUGCCCCGCCUGCCUCCUCCCCCUGUUGGGCCGGCCCGGCUCCUCCUGCCCCUGCUGCUACAGGCUCUCCCUGCGGGAGCUGAGCUGCGUGCUGCUGCUGCUCUCCCUGCCUGUCAUCAUCCUGGUGCUGCUCUGCACAGCCAGGCAGUGAAGCCCGGAGGUCUCCCCUUGCACAGGUGAGCUGACACACUGAGCUUCUACAGCUUCUCUGCCUGAGCUCCAGUGUGACCGACUCGCUGUAAACGUUGGAACGGAUCAGAGCACUGCAGAACGGAUCAGAGCACUGCAGAACGGAUCAGAGCACUGCAGAACGGAUCAGAGCACUGCAGCGGGAGGCUGCCGCCCAUCUCUGUGGACCUGCAGCACCUUUUAACAUAGCUAAUGCUGUUAAAGUGCAGGCCAGCCUACUGGGCUUGUAGUCUGUGGAAUUCAGCGUGCCAAGAGGAAAGCGGACUAACUGUGCUUCUGCUUGUCACUGAAUGUUUUCACUGUUAGUGUUAUGUGCUGUUGUUGUCAUCCUAAUACAUAAUGUCUGCAAUAAAUCUAUC